UGCACUAUUCGAGACCUAAGAAUUAUCAACUAGAGAUGUCGGAAGAGUAUUGCCAGGGUAUACUCAGAAUUGCUCUGGCACAGUUAUGUCAGAGUGUCGGCUGGAAUGCCGCCCAGUCCACUCCACUGGAACUGUUGACGGAUGUGAUGGGGCGCUACAUGUUACAGCUCGCUAAAGUCACCCACAGAUAUGCCGAACAGUUUGGAAGAACAACCCCCACUCUGGAUGAUGUGGGUCUGGCCUUCAGAAACAUGGGAAUAAGUCUGAGUGAGUUAGAGGAAUAUGUCCGCCAUGUAGAACCGCUGCCCUUUGCUCAUGAAAUUGUCCAAUUUCCAGCUCCAAAGAAGAGCAAUCUCCAGAUCCCUAAGCCUGGUCACAAGGAGCUCCUGUCUCGUGAGGAGCACAUUGAGGACUAUAUGCCUCUGCUUUAUCCUACCCCUGAGGAUGAAGUAGAGAAUGAAGCAGACCAGCUCCAGAGUCAGGGUGAGGGGCCCACAGCCAUGCAGACAGAUCAAGGUCAGACUGGGGUCGGAGGUCAAGGAGAGGUCACAGACAGUCUCUCGGUUCCUGGUGACAAAAGGAUGAUGACAAGUCCAAUAGAAGGAAGCCUUCCCAAGAAAAGACCCAGGUUGACGAAUGGUGCUUUACCAGAAGAAGCCAUGCAUUCUCAGUAUGAGAUGAAAAGUGUGUCAAUCACAAACACAGGGGAUCUGACCCCCACCAAAGGAGGAAAGUUACCUGAUGCCAGAACCCCACCCCAGGGAUUCAAGAAGGCAGGCCAUGACAAACCUUCAGUCAGUAAAAUCUUUAAGAAAGAUAAAGGGGACACUAGACCAGCUACUCCUGUGAGUCGAUCAGAAAAAACAACAGAUGCUGGAGAUUUUGGUAAAACUGAAACAUCAAGAAAAGAAAAAUCCCAGACAGUGGAGGAAAUAAUGAUUUUCCCAGAUGGCAGCAGUGAGAAAAUUCCUCAGCAGAAGGAUGAUGAGGUAUCAGGGUCUGAAUCCAUUUCCAAAUCCUUCACAGCACCCACCAAGCCAAAGAACAAAAUAUCUGCUUCUGGUUCAUCAUUACAAGUUCCAUCAAAGAAAAAGAAAGUUGGACGACCUCGGUCAAGGUCAAAGUCACCCCGAGCCCCAAAGUCACCAGGUCAGGGUAAAAGUCCUGCCCAGUCAGGAAGCAGCCCCAGGGGCCGUGGUAGACCCCCAAAGGAUAAAAGCCUGCUAAAAACUCCCGAAAAAAAGAAAGAGACAAAAAAUAUUCCUGUACUCUCUACCAUGGAGGAGAUGUUUGCCAGUGAUGUGUUGGAUUUGUCUAGAAAACCACCCCCAACUUCAGCCCCAAAAGAGAGCAUGGAGAAGAAAUCCAGUGAUGCAGAUCUACCACUGGACCUGAGUAAAGGCAAAGAGUCUGCCUCUAAAUCCAACCGUGGGAGAGGAAGACCACCACUGAGCCCAGAGAAGAAGCGAGCUCGGGAAAUGAACAUUGACUUGUGUAUUGAGGCGGUAUUGAAAAAGACAUUAGAAGAAGGGGAACAGGAACAAGCAAAGGACAAGGAAGAAAAGGCGGAGAAGAUUUCAGAGCUGGUGGAAUCGGAGCAGGAGGACACUAACCCGGCCAUCGAGGACAGCAGUGAUGGUCCUCCAUCUGUGUCGGUGAAGAAGGAGAUGAUUGAGGAUAGUGGUCCUCUGUUUGAUGUACCGGAGCAGAAAAAGAAGAAGAAGGAAAAGACACAGAAGCAAAAGGAUGACUCUAAGGUAGAAGUCAGAGACAAACUGAAGGAUAAACUGAAAGCCAAGGAGCCAGUCAGUGAGAGCAUUAAAGUGGAGCCCCCAGAUGAGGUCGCAGGUCCCCCCAAUGUGUACGACUUCCCCGAGAGUCCCAAGGCUCCGGUAAAACAGGAGGUAACCCUGUCCCCACAGAAGAUGUUUAGUGUAGAGUUUGUAGAUAAAGAUAUGGAGAGCAAGGAGGGAGAGAAGGGGAAAGAAAAAAGCAGAGAUAAAGAAAGGUCAAAGGAACACAAGGAAAAGAAGAAAGAAAAGAAGAGAGAUAAGGAGAAGAAAAAAAAGAAUAAAGAUAAGGAUAAAGACAGGGAGAGAAAAAAGGACAAAGAGAAAAAUAAAGAGCCUGGCUACAUUCCAAAUGUGUCCAAACUAAAGAUAAGGAUUGGUAGUUCUCCCUCAUCGACCACGGUGAAUUACAUGUCCGAGGGGUCAUUGAAGUCUCCGCCCAACGACAGUGCCCAGAGUUCACCCAGACCAGAACUAAAACUGGUGAUCAAGGCAUUACCCCCCUUGUCAGACAGGAGUUCUGCAUCUCCACAAUCUAGAGGUGGAUCAACGCCCAGGGAUGUAGAGAAAGAGAGAAAGAAGGAGAAGAAAAGAGAAAGAGAAAAGAAGAGAGAAGCUAAGGCAGCCUCCCCGUACCUCCCUGUCAAGCAAGAGAGUGUAGAUCAGCCCCUGUUUGCUCCUUUGCCUAUAUCAAGACAACCAACACCAUUUUCAUCUUCACCCUCGAAAUCUCCGACCCCUCCCCCACCAAAGAAGCCAUCUCCACAAGGUCUCUUUGCCCCCUUUAUCAAAACCCCCACACCCCCACCCACAAAAACUCCAACACCUCCUCCUCCAAAGAAAGAGCCAACCCCACCACCCUCAAGAAAAUCCCCCACCCCUCCACCCCCGAAAGUCCCUACACCUGUACCCAGAGCCCCUACCCCUGAGACUGACUUUGAACCCGACUCUGAUCACGAGACAGUGGUGAGAGAUGAGGAGGAGGAGUUACAGAGAUUUACCCCUUCUCCUGCCUCCACCCGUAAAACCUUCACCCCGUCCCCCUCCAAUUCUCCCCUUAGAUCUCUGUCUCCCUCAGCAGAAUCGGUUAUAUCUUAUGCCAGAUCUAAAUCUAAUUCCCAGUCUCCUGUCCGUACCCCUUCCCCUGGAAGAUCCCCCUCCCCACAGCACUCACCCCCUCCCUCCCCUAGCCCCUAUAGAGCCUCUGUGUCACCAUCGAAUACAAAACCAUCCACCCCUGGUCAUAUAACCUCUAGGAGCCCCUCCCCAUCAUCUCCUUCCCCCUCACCCACCCCUAUGACAGUGAAGAGUGAGGUUAUCCCUCCAAUGCCACCCCCCAGCAUGCCAGGAGCUGCCUCCGCCAAGGCAGGAGUACAGAGGACAGUGAUAGCAGAGACAGUCACCACCUUCUACGACGAGUCUGGACAGAAGGUGUGGAUCUGUCCGGCCUGUAAGAUGCCGGACGACGGGAGUCCAAUGAUUGGCUGCGACAUCUGUGACGACUGGUAUCAUUGGCCUUGUGUUGGGGUGAAGGAGGAGCCAGCAGAGGAGGAGUCUUGGUACUGCUCCAAGUGUAUGGGGAGGAGCAAGAAACCAGCCAAGCGUGGCCGAGGGCGGGGCAGGGGCCGAGGCCCAGGGAGGGGGAAGAAAAAAAUGAUGUGAACUCUUGACUGGGAAAGUCUGUACAUAGUUUCCUGCAUUCCUCCCUACAUACCCAGCACCCUCCGCCCCUCAAAUACGAUAAGGGUUUCCCCAUAUUUUCAUUUCUGUUUUGGAGACCUGUGUACAGACUUGGAGCCAGACAUGGGAGACUCUCGCCUGAUCCAGAGUACCAGGGAUUAUAUCUACAGAACUAGGGAUCGAAUAGGACAGGGGGCGUUCUCCAAUGUCUACCGCGGUGUCCACAGGGAAUCCGGUGUACCGUACGCUAUCAAAGUUCCGAGAUCUUGUAACUCAGCGCAGGAAUUGGAGCGAGAGACCAUUGCACUAACUUCUUUAUGUCAUGAAAACAUAGUCCGGCUGUACGACAUUCAGAAUGAAAUCGGUUCCGGUAUGCCUGUGUUUGUGAUGGAGUUCUGUUCGCGAGGCUCGGUUCUGAGUCUCCUGGAGGACCCGGAAAACCAUAACGGUCUCCACGACCGGGAUAUCAUAGCACUCCUCUCCGACAUAGCUUCCGCAUUGAAGUAUCUGUGCUCCGUUGGCUUCGUCCACCGUGACAUCAAACCCGGAAAUAUACUGGUGUCUGAAACGGAAGUAGGAAGAAAUAUAUUCAAACUUAGUGACUUCGGGUCAUCAAAGUUCAUUCAAGAAACGGGAGAGUACGAGUCUUUGACAGGAACUGAGGAAUACUUGCAUCCCCACCUUUAUGAGCGGGCGUUUAUUGACCGGAAUUUAGGUGGAAAGUUUACGUCAGCGGCCGACCUGUGGAGCCUGGGAGCCACCCUGGCUCACGCCGUCCUUGGCGAGGUCCCCUUCCGGCCAUUCGAGGGAUCCCGCAAGAAUCGUAACGAGAUGUUCAAAAUGAUUUCACGAAAACACGACCAGGACAUAUACGGUCGCCAGAGUACCCCAAACGGAAAAAUAGAAUACUACAGAGAAAUACCCAGUCACUGUAACAUUUCAUUAGGAUUGAGGCAGCAUUUGGAGACGAUCAUUAGAGGUCUGUUGCGAGGGAACGCGUCACAAUGGACGCUGGACACCUACACGAGGGAGGCCAACCACGUGAAGAAGUUGACCCCUCACACUGUCCUCCUGGCGGAGUCUCUGGCGUUCUGCCAAUUCUACGCCGAGCCAUACCAAACCAUUGAUAGGUUCCUGAAAGCGAUAUGUGGUAAACUGGAUAUAAAGGCUGAUAUAAGCGACUGUACUUUUUAUGAUGGACGUUCGUUAGAAGAUAUUGUAAAAUCCUCAAACAGUGUGAACUCACUUCCGGUUACAUCGAAAGAGAGGCCACUUGUUGUGAUGUCAUCACCAGACACUUCCUCAAUUCAGUUUAAUUUUAUAUCACCAUCUGUUGCUGUCUACCGUUCAUCCACCAGUGUAGCAGACGAUCGCCAUGUGGCCAAGAAACAGGUGACGUCAUCAUGGUCAUUCAGUAGGGAUGUAGAAGAAAUUCAAUUGGGCAUUGAUAUAAUUCGACAGACAAGCCAAUCUCAGGUAGAAAGACUGAUAAACACCCGUACUCUCUACGAGUCUAAGCUUCACAGCUGUCACGAGGUUCACAGUGCAGACUCGGACCGUCUGAGUUUGAGUCAGAAGCUUCAGCUAGAUCCAAAAAUGGCCGACUACGUCACGGAGAGGAGACAAAGCGCCUCUUACAGAAAAAAGGAGAUAGGGAAGCUAAAGCAGGAGAUGACGUCAGACUGCAGCAUGCUGGGAGCUGCAAUAAAGACUCUUCAGGACACGGUUUGUUGGAACACUUGCGAGUCUAAAAUAUGUUUAUUAAAAAAUAAAGUACGUGGUCAUUUUCGUGACUUAGAGAAGAUCUGGAAACAGGUGCGCGAAAGAAAGGCAGGAAAUGUCAGCGAGGGAGAAAAUGUAAUACGUCAGACAGAGAGGCUGCAGCUGGUGAACCUCUCCCAAAGCCUGGUCAAUGACUGGCAAUCAGUGUAUAUACCGAACAGAAACGAAUUCACAAACCAUGUCAAGAGCUGGAUUAGGAACUACUUUAAUUGUCAAGAAAAACUAAAAACGUUGGAAAGAAAGUUGAAAGAUAUAGAAAAUAUACGACGAAAAUUUACUGAAGAUAUAACUUUUGUUUCCGCUUACAGCCUAAAGUCUGAUUAUACACAAAGCAAAGCAAGUAAGAUGAUGUCUUCAGAGAUUCUCCAGGAACACAGAUUUAAUUCAGACAGGUUGAUAAAUCUUAUAUCAGACAUGCAAAACCUGACGGUACCGGAAGUGAUCCGUCCGGAAGCUGACGAUAUAGGAGACGAAACGUUUCUAUUUGGAUAAUUUAUAGGUGACAAUUUUACCGCGAUAGCGCCAAAUUUACUUAAUCUAAAACGGUUGUGAUAUGAAAUAAACAAUUCAACAUUGUGAAAAACUAUAUAAUUUGAUCAACAUUUCUACCUCAUUAUGUACAAGGCUUAAGACAAUUACCUUCUUGGAUGAUCAUGCAGUUGGUGACACAUUUAAGAGUUUCAAGGACAAUUGUGUUUUAAACAGGAAAUGUUAAGAUUUGGCGGACUUUUUUAAUUAUUUUGUUUAAAAAAAAAACCACACAAUUCAAUUAUUUCCACCUCAACCACCACGUGGGGACGACACCUACCGGAAACUUGCAGUGAGUGUGCUUUAGUGAGUAACAGGACUUCCCAGACAUUCAAGGAACCUUAAAGUCAUACAGACAGUUAUCUCGGGCGUGUGCAUCUACAAAUUGCCCACUUUUAUAAUUUAUGCUAACGAUCAAGUAGUCUUCAAGUGAAUCUGACGCCUAUUCAGGGGUGUAAACCUAGUAACAGAAAUUAACAAUUUUAUUUUUUGCUACAAAAUAAUGUACACAACCUACGUCUGUGCAUCACACACUUUAAAUCAAGAAAUAUACGAUGCUUUUAAAGCUGUGCAAGCGAGAAAGUUGUACAAUGUAUUUCUUUAAAUGAUUCUUUAACCACAAACCGGUGCAUAAAAUGUUGCCAAGUAAA